CCCCCCCCGCCCCCGGACCUCCCCCGCCGGCGGGGAUGGCGCCGCUGACAGCGCCCGUGCGCGCCUGAGACGGCAGGGGCGAGCCCACGGCCGCCGCGGGAGGAGGAGGAGAGAUGAACCGCUUCCAGCCCGGGGUCGCGCUGCUGCUCUCGCUGCUGUGGGAGUGUACGGAAGCCAAAAAGCAUUGCUGGUACUUUGAAGGACUAUAUCCUACAUAUUAUAUAUGUCGCUCCUAUGAGGAUUGCUGUGGUUCAAGAUGCUGUGUAAGAGCUCUCUCCAUCCAGCGACUAUGGUAUUUUUGGUUCCUUUUGAUGAUGGGAGUUUUGUUCUGUUGUGGUGCUGGUUUCUUUAUCCGAAGGCGGAUGUACCCUCCUCCACUAGUAGAAGAACCUACUUUUAAUGUGUCUUACACCAGACAACCAGUCAACACUGCAUCAGGGUCACAACAACCUGGAGUGCCGUAUUACACAGAUCCAGGUGGACCUGCGAUGAAUCCCAUGGCUAUGGCUUUCCAUGUCCAGCCCAAUUCCCCACAAGGAAACCCAGUUUACCCACCCCCACCUUCCUACUGCAACACACCACCUCCCCCGUACGAGCAGGUGGUGAAAUCCUCCACGUGAGGACUCUCUGGCGCUCUGACCUGACUGUGUGAGAAGAAGGUGCCAUUGCAAAAUGACCAAGAUGGAGGGUAUCCGCCCAUUUGAACACUUGCUAGUUCUCCAAGUUCUCUCUCCCUCCCUUCCCUGCACCUUUCCUCAUUAAAGUUACUUGCAAAGGGGUAAUUUUUUAAAUUUUUUCUUUUUUUUUUUUUUUUUAGUAGAAGUGGAUUUUUUCUUUGUCCUCAAAAUGAGAGAAGUCGUCUUUGUAAUGCUUUUAAUGGAAACCUAUAUUUAAAACCUG